CGGUUUCCGAUUUCGUUGGAUUUGUAUGCAAAGUACUUUGUAGAUCUUUUGUAGCAAAUAUAUCUGCUUCAGCAACCUUUUUAUGAAUACAAAGCAAUGCGCUAACUUGCAAUCAUAAGAAUAUGACAGGUUACGCGUCUGUCACGUCCAGGACUUCACAAGCGGCGCUCAUAAGGUACGUACGUACUAAAUCACCAUCGGGUUUGAAUGGCGGCUCGCGGGACAAAUCCGCGGUAGCAUAUGGGCUCCUACAAUCAUAGCACAUUGAAUAGACGGUUUUCAUGUCGUCUCUUACGAAAACAACUUACAAGCACGUGAUUUUGUAAUUUUUACACUCUAUUACGAGAAAUGGAAGGUAGAAAACAGCUAAUAUGGAGAAGAGCAACUACAAUGAGUUGUUUAUGUUUGGAUAGAGGAAAUUAAUGCAUGCGGCUCCAUGUCUGAUUGAUUCAGUUCAAUGUUGUUCCUGAUUAGACAAUUUGUCUUCUUUCUGUAGACUGUAUCAAAGAAUAAAAUUUUUCAAAAUUGGUUUAAUUUUCUUAGGAUUUCGUAUAAACUGGAAAUAAUCUAACUUCUAGGUGCAAGGUUUCUAAAAUUCUUGAAAAGUGAAAAAAAAGUUGUAAUUUAAUAUACCAGCUGACCCAAAAGAGGCCAAAGUCAAAUAUUUUCAGGAAAAUUUCCAAAUUUCAUUUGGUUAAAUGCUGAGGAACAAGAUACAUGUAGAUCACACCAUAAUUGUCCCCAAGAGUGAGCCACCUUGCUUAUUACUCCAUUAUACAGCAACAGUUGGGAAUGAAAGGGUAAGAUCCAUUUUCUUUUCAUGGAAAGAAACAAGUAUGUAUUGACAGGUGACCCUUUUUUAAAUUAAAAACAUUGAAUUAUUUGCUGUCAAUAAUUUUAAUCAACAAAAACAACCUUUAUUUAUUUCACAUAAUAUAUAGUAGUGAUGGCCUGCAAAGUAAUAACAACAACAACAACAAUAAUAAUAAUAAUAAUAAUGAUAAUAAUAAUAAUAAUGAUGAUGAUGAUAAUAAUGAUAAUAAUAGUAAUAUUUGUUGAUUUGUCUUGUGCAAAUAUCAAUGCAGGGAAAGAAAUUAAUUUACAUCUGUGCAUUACAUUGACUCCUCAAACUCUACUUUAAAAUUCUGUUAAAAAGGCUACAUUCCUACAGUGGAACCUCAAUAUAAUGAAGUGCCAAGGGACUGGCAAAAUUUGUUCACUACAACAAGGUUUUGUUUUAUACUGAGGUUCGUUUCCAUAUAUUUUACUAUUACUGGGGUAAACAAAAUCAUUCUUUAUACCAAGGACUUUGUUAUGUGGAGUUUCCACUUGACUGUAGUACAUAUUCUAAUUCUAAAAAUUCUAAAAGUAAUGGUUAAUUAUUCUGUAAAGUCCUAUUUACAAAUUGCAGUUAAUAAUUUAAUAAAAGUAAUAAAUCUAAAAUUCUAUUUUUUAUUCUUUAUGAAAAGAAUAAAAACAAUAAAUUGGCGGGGAAAUGCCUUCUGAAACAAAUGCGUGUUAAGAGCCUUUUUAAAAGCAUUAACUGAAGGCAUAUUUCUAAUAAUCAGGGUAAGAUUGUUCAACAAUUUAGGGACAGAAUUGAAAGUCCUGAAGGACCGGCCUGUGGGUAGAACACACACACACAUAUAAAAAGAUCGAUCACCCGGUGUGCAAAGAUACUUGCAUUAUGGAAUGUGAAGAAGUCGCCGUCAUUUGAUAGCAAAGUAGAAGAAACACCAAUUAUCAAGGUGGGCAGGCACAGAUAAGACAAAGACAAAGUGGACAGACUGCAAAUUAUAGUAGUUGCUAAAAAUGAUAUCUAUGUGUUGUAACUGUUCAUCAGUAGGAUGCCUAAAAUGUACAAAGCUGAAAAAAAAAUUUCGCUUAUGAUAAAUUUUGCUUGUCCGGUUGGACGAGUGCUUUAUGAGUUUCAGUCGUCCGAGGCCAAAACCUACCGUAUUUACCCGUGUAUAAUGCAAGCCUGUGUAUAAUAUGCACCCUAAUUUUUGACCACGUUAUUCUAAAAAAAAAGAUUUCAAGAUAAACACCAAGAGGUAAAACUUCCAUUUUUCCAUUUAAUUAACAAGAGCUGGGAGUUCAUUAAUGACAUGUUUACAACAAACUACAAAUAUCGCAUGCACCAAGCACCUAUUUACACGCCUUUCUAUUUAAUAAAAGUCAAAUGUUUUACAAAUCUUGUAACUUGAAGUGGUAAGUUUCGUAGCCAUGAUCGCUAUAGUGACAAUCUCACAUGUUGUUUUCCUCGAUCAGCUGUUUCUUAAAUAGGCAUUUUAAUUUACUCAUGGAUCGAAAUUGAAAACAGUUCAUUGGUAGUUUACUUUACUGCGUUUAUUAAACAUCAAUUACUGCAAAGUUUUUGUCUUCUUUUGUUUUCUUGACCAAACAAUGGAAUCCGUGUAUAAUACGCAUCGUAAAUUUGAAGGUCGAUUUCAGGGAAAAAAAGUGCGCAUUAUACACGGGUAAAUACGGUACUUGUCUCAGACAAGCGGAUGAGUCAAAGUUUUUUGCCCUGCAUGAGCAAGCUCUCCAUUUGAGGGGUUUCAUGAGAAGUUCUGUGGGACUCUCAUUUUUCCUCCCAGUUACAAUUUUUGCAUGUUCUUAAACUUAAGUUUAAGUUUAAGAAAGAAUGGAAGUCCUAUCUCCUAACCAACCAAAUCUGACCUUGCUUAUAUGUUCUAUCACUGAUAUUAUCUGAGAUGUUAUUCCUCUCUUUACUGCAGCCAAUUAUUUCAACAUGACGGUGUCCAGCAAGAAAGCUCUUGCUACUUUGGACACUGUACACAAAUGAACUUAAUGUCUUUUAGUUAAUUAUUAUUUGUCAGCUACUUUAUUUUCCUACCUAUGUACACUUGUAAAUAUCUUAUAUAGUGUGAAGUAAAGAAUUGAAUUGAAUUGAACUCUCCAAUUGAAAUGGAGGGCUUGCUUGCAGGCCUAUCUCCAUGCAGUUUUCAAAGAAUUCAUUCUGGGUUGGGGGGAGGGGAAUUACCAACAAUAAGUAAUGUUAUGUCUCGGAGCCACACAGCUCUCAAUAUGUACAAUGUAAAUGAAUAAGUCUAUUUUCCAGGGUAUGUUUUAUGUUAUGUGGAAAAAUUCAUUUUCUUGGAGAAAAAAGUCCACAGUGAGAGUAGUAGAGUACAGGAUGCACAAAAAUUAUUCCUCAGGUGGAUUUUGUGUUCAAACACUCUCUUUAACCUGUUUAAGAUGAUUUUAAUGUUUUACCUUCACAGGUGUUUCUAUGUGGCUAACGCUAAGAGAUUGUACAUUUUUUCCUGGACACAUUAUCUUUAGAUUGACUUUAAUAAUUCCUUUGAACACAGAAAAAGUGUCAUCAAGGGAAGUUGUUUUUGAAUCUUAAGUAUAAAAUUUGACAGAGAGAUCUAGUCAAAUGAUUAUAAGUGCUAAAUGUUCUAUAUUUCAGACCAUCACUUUGGCAACAGUUUACUGAUUUUGCAAAUGUCUUGAAAGCAUUCAUUGGUACAAGCUAUCUGUCCUUGCCAUUUGCAUUUUAUCAAAGUGGAAUUGUGGUGAGUAAUAUAAAAAAUAUGUAUAAUUUAUGUUUUAUGAUGCUGACUGAAUGUGUCGGUUAAUUACAAGAAUGCCCUCAUUUGUUUUUCAAAAAGCUCAUUGCAUUCGCCCUAUGGGCUCAUGCAGUUUUGAUACUUUUUGGAAAAUUCACUUAUGCAAAUAAACUCCAAAUUGAACUCCCAAGUCUUAUGAUUAACUAUACAAAAAGGAAAGAAUAACCUCUAGUUUGCUACAGACGACAGAGGCACUGUUACUGUCUUUUAAUGCUUAGGUUACUUUUGGGGAGUCGUUUCUUUCGGAACUUUUCGGUAAAAUAUACACAUAAAUUGGUUCUCAAUCUGAGAGGAAAUGUCAGAUAAUAAUACAAAGAAUCCAAUUUUUAUUAGUUUUACUCAACUGAGUGGUUGAUGUUUAAUUUCAGCUGGGUGUUGUAGGACUGGUAAUCAUUGCUGCCAUAACAGACCACUGCUGUCAGCUCAUAAUCAAAUGUAAAAAUGCUGCUGUUGAGAUGGUGCUCCACUCGUCUUCAAAGUACCAAGAGCUUAAAACAGAGGCAUGUUACGAAGAAAUGGUGAAAGUCAAGGAGACAAUUGAAAAGGAAAUGACUUUGGGUGAUAUUGGAAAGAUUGCAAUUGGACCAUGGGGAUAUAGAAUUGUGAACAUCGCGUUGGUCAUAACACAGAUUGGGUUUUGCAUUGCGUAUUUUAUAUUUAUGGGGAAUACUAUAGAAGAAAUGUUCCCACUUAAGUAUAAAACUGGCAGUCUUAUACCUAUUAAACAACUUAGUUGGGCUGGUGUUAACGCAGGAUAUUCAAGUACUAAUGCACCUGUGAACUCAUCUACUAUGGUGAGUCUGAUUGUCGUAACCACAGGAACAACUGUCUCUCCUACCACCUUAAGGAAUUCAUCCACUAUGAUACCGCCUUUAGAAGGGAUAUCCAAAGCACCUCUUUUUGUUCUCCUUGUUUUAAUACCUCUGCCAUUUCUUGUUCUGAUGGCCUAUGUCAGGAGUGUCCGUAAACUUGGACCUAUAAGUGGCAUAGCUAAUGUGACUCUUCUUGCUGGAUUUUUAGGCCUUCUUGGAUUUCUUCUGAAUGGUAAGAGUUUUAGAUGCAGAUAAUUGAAACAAAUUAAUAAAUGAAGAAUGAUUUAGUGGUAGCCUAUCUUCAGCAUGGUUCUUCUUCUAUCAUUUUAAGUCAAAAAAUUAAUUGAAAUGAAAAAAUCUUGAAAUGAGUUUGAGAAAAGCUAAAAGCUAACAACAGAUCAACAGAAAAUUGAGAAAAAAAACAUGUCACCUCAAUGAGUUGGCACCCGAGACCGCAAUACGGUCAUGUGACACUGGUCAGUGGAUACCCUGGUUUGAGACCUGUCAAUUGACCAUAAUAUGGAUGUCUAUUAUCAGAUUAAACACUGGUUACAGGCCCCCAAUACUAGCUAGAAAACUUGACAUAUUACAUUGGUUGCCCUGUGGUGCGGACGGACGGACGGCUGGACAGGCGUACGGUCAAGUGAUUACUAAAAUUUCUUAGAUGGACAGAUAACCAAAAUUUUCUUAGGUGUGGGGCUCCACUCGCGCGUGUGUGGCACAAAAGAGCUAAAAAACUACCACUGGCAAGAAACUGAGACUGGAUACAAUAACAACCCGAACUAUGGCCCUGCUUUAAAUCCUUAAAGAACCCAAGACAACUAUUUUGAGGGUGGGUGGGUGGGGAAGGUCUGGCAAUGGCAGAUUGGAACAAAACAUUGAAUUGAACUUUGAAACACCAUGUGAACUGGAGACCUGGGCCCCACACACUUGAACUCAUACUCUCAGCCGUGUGGGAGAAAAAUGUUUUCUGCUUCACUUUUCAGCCAGCAGAAAAACACACUUCCUUAGUAUCAGUAGCAAUACUAAUGUUACGUACAUCCAGUCAAAUCUUCACUACAGGUGUACAUGUCAAAAGUAGUCAGUGCUUUUACAAUGAUUUUACUUGAACCGCGAAACAGAUACUAACCAAUAGUGCAAAAUAGGAAGAGGUAAACAAAAGAAGGCAACAGAAUUAGUGCAUGAUAGUGUGUAGUAUCAUACUACCUAUUUCAUAGUUCAAGUAAAAACUCUCUACUGUAACAUGCUGGCUAAUUAGUGUAACAGACCCAUAUCCUCAAUCCUACAUGUAAACCAAAUAAUACUUUAUAGUUAUCCUUUGUAUUCUAGGCCUUCACUUUAAGCCUAAAGAUGUAAGUCUUGUAAGAUGGUCCACCCUUCCAAUUUUCUUUGGCCAGCUGACUGGUGCUUAUGAAGGAAUAGGAACUGUGAGUUUAUAAAUACUCUUUCACAAUGUUAAUGGUACUUGUUAAUUAUACAAAAAUAUACUUAUUUGUGAUGAAGAUUUGGUGAUAACAAGGAAAUGUUUUUGGUGUUUAAUGUUCUUAUAAAUAUUGUCGUUUUUCCUGACAAAAGUACCGGUAAUGUGACAAAGUAGUGCCAGUGGAUUGAAGCAAACAUCAUCUCGAGUGAAAGGGUUGUUAGUUUUAUUACUUCCCAGGGAAUUUAAGCUUCCAAAUCCAUUGACUACUUGACAAAUAUUUACAUUGUACAACUCUGCAAUAAGUUUUAGCUGAAUAUCGCAGGCAAAUCUUAUCCACAAGUAAGACCAUCUUACACCUUAUGUGUCAUAAUAUUGUUGUUGUGGCAGGGGGUGUGAAAUAAGCCUACUUUGCAAUUACGCUUUGCCCAUAAUUUACAGUACAAAGUUGUCACAUGUGAUCUUUAGGGGUGGCGAACGGUACCUCGAAAAACGUGGGUCUCGGAAAAUUCUGCCAGGAUCUCGAAAUCUCGGAAGCGUUUUUGGUAAGUCUCGAAGUCUCAUUUUUGCAUGGUUUGAUUUUACUUUUUUUGAGUCUUGAAACUUUUUACCAAAGAGUCUCGGGCUUGGAUUUCUAACUAGGAUCUCGGCGUCUCAGAUUUUACUAUUCGCCACCCCUGUCUUUGAGUAACAUCAUUGGUUUGCUGCAAAACAGGUGACCACAAGCUUUUUUUGCUAUGGCUGUAGUCUUGGGUGAGGAAACCGAUUUUGUUUGGCUGAAGCAUCCUUCCUUCAGUGCCCCCAAGGAGGCACUGAAAUGGCUGCAAUAAGGGUGUACAGACAUCCUGGUUUCUUGAGUAGUAUGUACAUGAGUUUUACUGGAAAUUAUUUUCUACUGUAGGUUAUACCUAUGGAGUCAAGCAUGGCAGAGAACAGACCUCGUUUCCCUUUGUACCUGCACUUGACACUAGCAAUUGUCUCAUGUAUCCUUGGAUCGUUUGGAUUGCUUGGCUAUCUGAUUUAUGGCAGUGGGGUCCCUCAGAUCGUGACAUGCACCCUUGGGACACAAAUACCAGCACAACUGGUCAGAGUCACCCUCAUAAUUGCCGUGUUAAUGACAUACCCUCUUCAACUGUACCCAGUCAUUGAAAUUGCUGAGUCAAUACUCUUCACCAAAGAGCAUUCACGAACAAGAUCUCACCUGAGUGAGAUAGUUGCUGGACCUAGUACAGAUGUAACAAGCAGCCAACAGCCAUCUAUAAACUCUUAUGAAAGUCAGUCUUAUCCUUCACUGGAAACCUCCAAUCAUACAUCCACAAGUAUCAAUUCUGAGACACAAGUUCUUCUACCAAGUGAUUCUGAUGAACUUCAGUAUAAGGUACAGGCUUAUAUAGUCUUUGAAGGAUGAGUAGUAGUUCAAGUGUUUUUUUGUUGCGUGUAGAGGUGGGCUUGGAAGGCUCGGGGAUAUAGUUGGGAUCAUGACUUGUGGUACUCAAGGGGUGCUUAUAACCAUGUAAAACAUCAGGUUGAAGAUUUCACAUUGAUGCCUAACAAUGAAUUUUUACAUUUUACAUCAAUUAUUGGUGGUACUGCAUAUUCAAAUCAGCUGGAGAGACUUAAAAUUAGAGGUUGAAAAGUUGUUUGUCUCAAACAACAGUUCAUAAAUAUUUUCUGAAGCUUCAGAAAUGAAUGAAGUGAACCGUUUAUUGGAAUUCCCGACUUACCUACCAGUUCAAUUGCUCUGUAUGCUGAUGACAGUAAAAUGUAUAGGGUUAUUAAUUAGUACUCAAGAAGAUCUGUCUACUUUUCAAAGUGACAUAGACAAAAUUUCAGAUUGGUGUCAGAUGAAUAAGAUGAGAAUUAAUACCAAGAAAUGUAAGAUCAUGCGAAUAACCAGGAAAAAGUCACCAUUAGUUGGGGAGUAUAAUAUUGAAGGUCAACCUUUGGAAAGUGUUGAUGUGUAUAAAGAUUUAGGAUUAUUUACUACUAGUAAUCUUUCAUGGAACCAACACGUAGAUAAAAUAACUGCUAAGGCUAAUAGGGUUUUAGGGUUGGUUAAGAGGACUUGUAGGGACUUAAAGGAUAUUGAUACCAUGAACACACUUUAUUGUAGUCUUGUGACACCUUUAUUAGAAUAUUCAUGCGAAACUUGGAACCCUCAUACUAAACGUAACAUUGAUAAACUGGAGGCUGUUCAGCGAAGAGCUACCAGAUGGAUCACUAGGUCUGAUGAUGAUUAUGAUACUAGACUAUCUAAGCUAAAAUUGUUGUCAUUAUCUAAUAGGAGGUUCACUAGAGAUGUUACAUUUUUUUUAAAUGUAAUUAAUGGACAUUAUGAUAUUGACAUUUCAAAUAAGCUCAUAUUUUGUAAGGACAGAAAUACAGGUUAUAACUUGAGGAAAAAUGACACACAGGACCUUGUUCCAAAUUUUAGUAGAACUGAUGGUUUUAAAUAUAGUUUUUUUAACCGUGUUGUAGAUGAAUGGAAUGGUUUACCCAAUCAUAUUAGAGAAUCAAACAGUAUUGCAACUUUUAAAAGGAAUGUGUUAAGCUUUAUUAAGGAUAACUAGAACAUUUAUAUUUCUAUUUGUAUUAUUUUUCUUAUAUGUUAAUUAGUGGGGGCAUCCCUAGUACGGCGCAUUGGUGCUUUUGGUUGUCUCCUUCUCCACAACCUUUUUUUUGUUUGUUUGUUUUUGUUUGUUAAAGUAGUGUUAGCUUAUUUCAUUUCAUUAUUAUUUUGCUUGUUAUGCAGUGGAGUGAAUCUGUAAUAAAUAAAUAAAUAAAUAAAUUACCUCUGUGUAAAGAUCUCUGCUGACUUACCUUAUGUAAGCAAUUUUUUUUAUCGUGUGUAGAAUGUAGACUCGCUGAGUGUAAGUAUUAGGUUAUGGCUUGCAUGUAUGCCAUUUUACCACUAACAAAACAUGUAUAAUCAUUAUGGUAACUUGAAGUCUUGCUUUAAAAAAUAUGGGAUUCAAAUAAGCUUAACCCAAGCUUAAAUUUGUGGUAAGUUUGCUGUCAUCAAAAUCAGUACUAAGUAGGUCUGUAGUUUUAAUUAUUUACAGAUGAAUGGGCAUUAUUCUUUAUGGAAAAGAAUAGUCACUUUUCUUAUUUGCUUUUGUACAGUAUUUAUAUUUACUUUAUAGGCCCUACUUGUACAAUGUAAGUAAAUACACGUAGUCCUAUUUCUUAAUUUAUAGUGCUUGUAUAUUUUGUUGCUUCCUUUUCGUUCCCUGUUUCGGAAAUAUUAGCCACUUGUAAUCCAUGUUUUUUGGUUUACCUUGUACAAUAAGACUUAGUGAUAACCUGUUGUUAUCUUUGUUCCUUAGACAUCAACUUGGAAAAGGAAUUUGCUGCGUACCAUUCUUGUUGUUGUAACUGCAGGAAUUGCAGUUCUUCUAAAGAGUCAAUUUGCCUAUGUGAAUGCACUGAUUGGAUCAUUAGGCAGCUCAGUAUUAGCAUACAUUUUACCCUGCAUUUUUCACCUUGUUCUGUAUAAACACACUAAUUCUGUUGGGGUGGUUAUUAAGGACAUUAUUUUUAUAAUAUUUGGAGUUGUGGGAGGGGUGGUAGGUGUUGUUAUCACUGUACAGAACAUAGUUAAGAAUAUGAAAUAAUUCAAAGUCACUCAAAUUUAAUAAAUUAAUUUAUUACAGUCUGCUGCUUUUCAAAUUUAUGUCAAGGGCAAUGCUGUAGUUUUGUGAUUUUACAUGUAAAUAGUUUUGGUAUCUUGUAGAAAUUUGUGGAAUUUGUUGUGGUUCCAGAAAAUGUCCAUAUCCACACCAUGGUAUAGAUUUCAAAGGAAGGUACCUGUAUGAAGCUUAAGUGAUAUUUCCAAGAGGGAAAGGAGGGAGGUGUGACGGGUCUCAAUCCACAAUUCCUGCUAUGGGGGGAGUAUGGUGUGGACAUUUCCUGUAACAUGAUGCAGCAAUAAUAAAAAACUUAAUCUUUUUGAAUUUCUUGUUGACUGAGUUUUACAAAUUAGAGAUCCAAAUACUUUUUGUCAUACACUUUUAGAUGCAAAUGUACAAGACUCUUGUUUAUAAGUUAGUAACAGUGGUUGAAAUUGGCAAAAUUGUAAUUUGUAAUUUUCUGCAUGUUGAGGAAAAAUAACAUACAAUCAAAUCGUGUUUUAAAAUACAAGUAAUUUUAUCCAAUGAAAAGGUUGGUAUUUUUUUCCUUUUUCUAACAAAGCUAGCCAACAAAACAAUAUAACUUUGUACUAUAAACAAUAAAGCGCUUGCCCUAUGUAACACGAUACAGUCACCAUACAGUUCUAUUAAUUUUCAGUUCCUAGUCAUGUCCUUGGUGUAACUAAAACAGAACACUCUGCACUCUAAAAAUGUACACAAGAGUGAUAAUUUUCAUCAUAAGGGAGACAGAAAAAGUACUAGUAUUUAUCAUAUUAUCACCAUUGAAAUACCAGGUUGGCUUUCACCCAAAAACAUAUUUUCACAUGUUAAAAGAUCAUCAUUGCUAUGAUCACAAAGAUUUGCACCUUUCACAGGUAAAAAAAAAAAAAAAUGAAAGUGAAAUGGUUUGUUUUUUCUUUGGUGUUAACAUAUUGAAUAGCAGAACAAACAUUACAUGGCCACUUGGAGGUAUGAAAUUUCUCUUCUGCUGGUAUUAAAAAUUACAUUGUGUAUUUCACUUGAUUGCAAACACUUAAAGAGAAAUUUUGUAUCUACAUGCUAUCAUGUAAUAUCCUCUAUGUAUCUUGGGCAUGAAGAUAUAUAAUCUGAAAAACUCACUUAUAUUCCUCUCAUCACUUACCAUCAGAGUGACAAGAAGCAGCUGUAUUUUGCAGUUCUGUUACUAUAAAGUUUUAUAUCUUACUAUUAAAAAUCAAGGGUGCGACUCUCCAAAGAAAGUUAGUAGUUCUUGUUCAGGGCUCAGGUUAAAUUUAUGAUAUUACCAUACCAGGGGAGAUUAAUAGUAUGACAAUAGUACAGGUUUACAAUUAUAAUAAUAUAUGAAAAAGUCAAUGAAGAAGAACGAUUUUCAAUUUAUGGUAGAAUUUCUGUAGGUUAAGU